AAGAUGUUUUCUUUGUCUUUGAUUUUGAGCAGCUGAAUAUGGUGUUUUCUUUCUAAAAAAGAUUUUUAAUCCUGGCUAUGGUUUUCUGAACCUGGAUGUGUCAUGUGGUGUCUUUCAUUAUACCUGAAAAAAAAUUUGCCAUUGUUUUUAAAAUAUUUCUUCUCCCUCAUUCUCUCUUCUUCUUCUGUUACUCCAAUUACACAUAUGUUAGACCAUUUGAAAUCACUCCAGGGCUUCUGCUUGCUCUUUUACGUCUGAUGUUUCAUUUGUUUGUUUUCCACUUUUUCCUCAUGUUUUUUAGCUUGGAUAAUUUCUGUGGACUUAUCUGGAAGCUCACUGCUUCUUUUCUUAGAUGUGUUGAGCCUACUCAUGAGCCUGUUGGAGGUAGCCUUCCUCUCUAGCAUUUUCAUUGGACUCUUUCUUAGCAUUUCAAUCUCUGUGCUGAAGAUCCUCACCUUUCCAUUCAUAUUGUUUACUGUUUCCACUAGAACCUUUAACAUAAAUUUCUCUCUGACAAUCCUUGCAUCUGAGUCAUAUCUGAAUCUGGUUCUACUGAUUUUUGUCUCCUGGUUGUGGUUUUUGUUUUCUUUUUCUUUUUUGUGCCUCAUAAUUAUUUACUGAAAGCCAGUCAUUGUAUGUGAGACAACAGUAUUUCUAUCUGGAAAUGAACAUUCCCCAUUAGGUUGUCGUCAUGGGGGUUUGAGUCAAUCGAGCUAGGAGUUGAGCUGGAUUUGAGUUUUGCUGUUGCUGUGGUCACCUUGAGGGUAGCACGACCUUGAACUUGGGGUUAAGGAUGGUUUGCUGCAGGACUUUUCUCAAUGUGCCUCCUCUGCACCUUUAACUUAGGUCUUCUUUGCAUGUCUGCCCUUGAGACAGGGCCUGUUGGUGCCUCUCACUCAGGAGGGCUGCUCUUGCUUGUUUCUCUCUGCCCUGGUCCAGCUCAGUCUCAGGCAGGACUCACAUCCUUCAGUCUCGGAGUGGGAUUUUUUUCAGUAAUCCUGUUCCUUCCCUGGAGAUGGAAGACCUCUGAAGGGCUGAGUGUACAUAUGUUUGAACCCCUCCCUUAGAGGUGGAAUUAUAUUCUUGUUGUUUUCCCCAGCCACAGGUCCCUAGGUGACAGGAUUUUCUGCUCCUCUGUCCCUGGCAUCUCCAGGCAUCUGUUCCAUAAGGAAGAACUGUGUGGUGGGGUUUUUUCCCCUACUCCCUACCACAGUGGUGACUGCUCCCCUCCCAGGGUCUCUGCCAUCACAUAUUGCUUCCUCUGGCCUCCUACCUGCUCCAGCCUUUCCUGUGAGUGCCCAGGGUGUGAUGUGUGGAAGAGCCUAUAAGCAGGGUGAGCCUCCAUUGUGUCUCCAGUUCUUGGGGUUCUGUAUUCGCACAGAAGCCCACACUUGGUCUUAAGCAAUUUUCUAAUAAGGUUGUCUGAUUCUUCUCGUCCACUUUUACAGCAGCUCCAUCUUCCUCCUGUUCCUUGUCAAGGGUGAGCCAAUUACCCUGUCUAUCCUUGGAUUUCAGACUGGUUGAUUACAUCGCAAUUUCAGCUCCCUGAUAGAUUUAAGAACAGUGAUGAUUUUGUAGGUCAUUCGACGUUUCUGUUUUUAGGUUAGGGGCAAUGCUCUUCCCAGAUUGCUACAUGCUAGGCGGAACCUUACCCUUGUAUGAUUUUGCCUCAGCUCCCACAUCUGUAAAAUGGCAUGAUAAUAGUAGCUACCUCCUAUCAUUAAUACAUAUAAAGGUAUAGGGGAAUGCAGUUCACAUAAGUGCUAUGCAUUGUCUUCCAUUAUUAUUUUUAUUGUUUAUAUCUCUUUUAAUGAAUUUGUUACAUUGGUUGAUUUUUGCUGUAUUGCUUUUCUCCCAGUGGUUUGAAAGUUACUUCUAAUUUUCUUCAGAUUAUCCUAAUUUUUUUUUCUUUUUUUUUUUGUUGAGACAAAGUCUUGCUCUUGUUGCCCAGGCUGGAGUGCAGUAGCACAAUCUAGGCUCACUGAAACCUCCACCUCCUGGGUUCAAGCGAUUCUCCUGCCUCAGCCUCCUGAGUAGCUGGGAUUACAGACGCCUGCCACCAUGCCUGGCUAAUUUUUGUAUUUUUAGUAGAGACAAGGUUUUACCAUGUUGGCCAGGUGGGUAAAUUUUUUUCCUUAUAAACCACUUUUUCAUUGAAAUGAAACAUACAUAGAGAAAAGUGCAUACAUAAUUCGAGCAUUUUCAUAUGUGUUUAAACUCCCAUUAUUCUAUCAACAAAUAUUAAUAUCUUUAUCUAUGUUUUCACCUUGAACCAGACAAGAACUGUAGUGUGCUUGUACUUCCCUUCUUCUUGUCUCCUCCUCCAUCUACCCCUUACAUCCACUGUGUUACAAUCUGCUGGGAUUUUAAUCCCAGAUACUGUAUUUUUUUUUUUUUUUACAGUAUGCAGUACAAAGUAUUUAGUAUUAAAAUUGACUUUUGCUGGUUUCUUUGCUUACUUUUUUUUUCCAGCCAGGAAACAAUACAGAACUCUCAAAGAACUCAUCAAUCACACUGUAGUUUAAAACCAGUGAUGUUCCUGGAGUUGGGUUCCAGAUGUUCCUGGAGUUGUGCAGUGCACGGUCCACUCAACAGCACACACUGAUCCUGCUUGAAUGUCCCUGUCAUGAGUUCCAUUUGCAUUUUGCUGCAGUGAAUCCAUGAUGAUUCUUUCAAUAAGGAUCCGUGGAUGGAAAACCCAGUGAAUAUUUGCAUUUCUGAAAAUAUCUUAAACUUGUCUGUCCUCCCCUUUACCACUUUUUAGACACUGCAAGAACCCUAGAACAUGUUAAUUCCUCCCACCUCAUGCUGUCAUUAUCACUUAUUCUAAUUCCACAUCUAUUUAGAACUCCAGAAGACAUUAUUAUUGUUGUUCUAUGCAGUCAGUGUCCAUUUAGAUUUACCCGGAUAUGCAGCCUUUUUAUUGUUCUUCAUUCCUUCCUGUACUUCAUACUAUCGUCUGGGACCACUUUUCCUCUGCUGAAGAAAUCCUUUUAGUAUUUAUUUUAGUGUAUGCUUUCUGGCAGUUAAUUCCGCAAACCAAAAAGUGUCUGAGACAGGUCUCAAUCAAUUUAGAAGUUUACUUUGCCAAGGUUAAGAACAAUUCCCGGGAGAAAAAAGCAUGGAAUCACAGAAACAGCCUGUGGUCUGUGCCUUUCUCCAAAGAUGACUCUGAGGGCUUCAGUAUUUAAAGAGGAAAAGUGGGCUAGAGGGGAAAGAGGAAGGGUGUGGUCACAUGACUGAAUGUACAUGAUGCAAGAGAAAAGGAGCCGGUGGGGAGGAGUCAAUUGUGUAUUCAUCUUAUGCCCAGCAAAUUGGCGCUUUCCAUAAGAUAAGGUGAACUUACAGCAGCUACUUGUGGUGAUGUUUAACCUUUUAUCUCUAGCUAUCUGCUUAGAAACUAAAGGAAAGGCAGCUUCUUGGAUGAUUCAGCUUUCAGCUUAAUUUUUUCCUUUUGGCAGAGUGAAUUGGGAUCCCAAGUUUUUAUUUGCCUUUCACAUUUCUCUAUGAUUUGCUUUUUCUGAAAUAUCUUUAUUUCACUUCUGCCUUUAUAUGAUGUUUUCAUUCGGUAUAAAAUUCUAUGUAGAUUAACUGUUUUCUUUCAGCACUUUGAAGAUGUGAAUUCCAUUGUCACCUGGCUUCCAUGGUUCUGUCACAAAGUCAGGUGUAAGUCCUUUAGUUUCUCCUGUAUAUGUCUAGCUUCUAUUCUCUUUGUCUUCGGUUUUCAGCAGCUUUAGUAUGUAACCACGUGUUUUUUUAAUCUAUUCUGAUUGACGUUGAUAGUAUAUUUGUAAUUUAAUCUAUUCUGAUUGAUGUUGAUAGUAUAUUUGUAAUCUGUGUUUUGUUACCUUUGAUCAACUUUCUUUUUUGAGACAGAGUCUUGCUCUGUUGCCCAGGCUACAGUACAAUGGCGUGAUCUCAGCUCACUGCAACUUCCAUCUCUUGGGUUCAAGCAAUUACAGGCACCCACCACCAUGCCUGGCUAAUGUUUUGUAUUUUUAGUAGAGAUGGGGUUUCGCCAUAUUGGCCAGGCUGGUCUUAAACUCCUGACCUCAGAUGAUCCACCCACCUCGGCCUCCCAAAGUGCUGGGAUUACACUGCACCCAGCCUGAAUAUUUUCUUCUGACCUAUCGUUCAGUUCAUUAAUCAUCUCUUUCACUGUGUCUAAUCUGUUUCAAACCCAUCCAUUGAAUUUAUAACUUCAGCUAUUUUUUUUAAAUUUCCAUUAAAUUCUUUAUAUACCCCACUUCUCUGCUGAACAUUUCCAUCUUAUAAUCUAUUUUCUUGAACAUAUUAAUCACAUUAUCUUAAAGUCUGUGUAUGAUAAUGUCAAUAUCCUGUUGACAUGAUAAUCCCAUGGAAUUACUCCUACUAUAUUUAUAUAUAUAUUUUUUGGUUUUGGAUCAUUUGUCUCCUGGUUUUCUUUGUACACUUUAAAUCUGGAUAUUGUAUAUGGAAAUAUUUUAGUUAAUUUGAGGCCCUGGAUGAUGCUAUUUUCCUCUGCAUAUUUCCUUUUGCUUCGGGCUGGCUGUGGGAAAGAGGGCAGAUCAACUUAGUCUGGGAUUGAGCCCUUUGGAAGCUUGGUUUCAGACACUGAGAGGGAGGAUCUACUCACCCCUCAGCCUUCCUCCCCUAUUGCAGCCCUCAGUGCUCUCAGCUGAACGUCUGGGUCACUCAUCAGAGUCUCCCUAUCUUGUGGGCUGUCACCAAUUAUUGUCUCUUCAACCCUAGAAGAUGCAAAAGCUCUGCUCAGUGUGUCAACCUCUUUCCACUGUGUAUGUGAGACUGAAUUGUGUCCCCCAGCAUUCACAUGUUGAAGCCCUGAUCUCCAAUGUGAUUUCAUUUGGAGACAGGACCUUUAAAGAGGUGAUUAAAGUUAAUUGAGGUGAUAAGGGUGGGGCCCUAAUCCCAGAGGACUGGUGUCCUUGUAAAAGGAGGAAGAUACACCAGAGAUCUCUCCCUCUCUGCACACACAGCAGAAAGGCCAUUGUGAGAACAUGCCAAGUUGGCCGCAUACAAGCUGGGAGGACAGGCUUCACUGGACACCAACCCUGAUGGCUCACUGAUUUUGGGCUUCCAGUCUCUAGAACUGUCUGGAGGCUGGGAAAUAACUAUCAGUGGUUUAAGCUGCCCCGUCUGUAUUAUUUAUUAUUAUUUUUUUGAGACAGAGUUUCGCUCUUGCUGCCCAGGCUGCAGUGCAAUGGUGCUAUCUUGGCUCACCACAGCCUCCGCCUCCCAGGUUCAAGCCAUUCUCCUGCCUCAGCCUCCCCAGUAGCUGGGAUUACAGGCAUGCGCCACCACACCUGGCUGAUUUUGUAUUUUCAGUAGAGAUGGGGUUCCUCCACGUUGUUCAGGCUGGUCUCAAACUCCCAACCUCAGGUGAUUUGCCUGGCUCAGCCUCUCAAAGUGCUGGGAUUACAGGCGUGAGCCACUGCGUCCGGCCCCCAGUCUGUAUCUUUUUAUGGAAGUCUAGGCUAACACAGGAUACUAAUCACCAAGUGCCUCAAACGAAAAAAACACUUCCCUUUUUUUUUUGAGGUGGGGGAAGGUCUUUGCCCCUCACAGAAAGACUUGUUUUGGUAGCUAUCUGAUAGCCUUAAACAGAUUUAAAAAAUAUUUUAUACUGAUUUUUGGGCUAUUUUUGUUGGGUUUGUCUGAGGCAACCAGUCCUCUCUAACUGUAAGCAGAAACGUCUCUGAACGCCUCAGGGAUUUCUCCUCACAUGCCACGCAUCUGUGUCAGUCUUCUCACUCAGCCAUUUGAUACUCAGGCGCCCUUUCCAUUUAUGGAGUCAAAUAUUUCUUUAGUUCAGAGAAAUUUCUUAUUUUUAUUUUUUCUUUGAGAUAGGGUCUUGCUCUGUUGCCCAGGCUGGAGUGCAGUGGUGCGACCUUGGCUCACUGCAGCUUCUGCCUCCUGAGUUCAAGCUGAUUGUCCAGCCUCAGCCUUCCAAGGAGCCGGAAUUACAAGCACACACAAUAACACCCAGCUAAUUUUUGUAUUUUUAGUAGAGACGGGGUUUCACCAUGUUGCUCAGGCUGGUUCAACUCCCGACCUCAGUUGGUGAUCCGCCUGCCUCAGCCUCCCAAAGUGCUGGGAUUACAAGUGUGAGCCACCGUGCCUGGCCUCAGAGAUAUUUUCUUCAAUUCUGUCUUUGAUUUUGUCCUGCUUUCCUUUUUUCCACCUUCUCUUGCAGCUCCUGUCAGGUGGAUGUAGCCCUUCCUGUACUGAUGCCCGGUGUCUUGGCCUUCUGACCUUCCCUCUUUUUUUUUUUUUUUGAAAUGGAGUCUCGCCCUGUUGCCCAGGCUGGAGUGCAAUGGCACGAUCUUAGCUCACUGCAACCUCCGCCUCCUGGGUUUAAGCGAUUCUCCUGCCUCAGCCUCCCAAGUAGCUGGGAUUACAGGCAUGCGCCACCAGGCCCAGCUAAUUUUUUUGUGGAGACGGGGUUUCACCAUGUUGACCAGGCUGGUCUCGAACUCCUGACCUUGUGAUCCACCAGCCUCAGCCUCCCAAAGUGCUGGGAUUACAGGCAUGAGCCACUGAGCCCAGCCCCGACCUUUCCUCUCUUAACUUCUCCAUCAUAGGAGAGUCCUGUGAGUUUGUCUCACGGUUCUUUGUGUCCUCAGCCAGGACCCCUCUCCUAGUCAGCACGUGGGUCGAGCUUUCAUGUCAGCAAUCCUGUCACUCAUUUGCCAGUUCCCUGCCUUCUCGUGAGUCUUCUUGUUGGGACCAUCGCCAGGUGUGGCGACCCUCUGGAGGGGCUCUGGCCAUCUGGGUUCUUUACCCUGUGCUCGUGGUAGGCCACGGUUUUUCCUGAGCUCUGGUUCCUCCGUCCAUUCGAUCCCCUUUGGCUGUGUCCUUCAGAAACCUCUUGGUGUUCGGUCCACCAGCGGUGCCCUUUGUGUUCCCACAGCUGCGAUGGAGCCUUUUUGCAUCUUUGCUGUCACAUGAAGCAUUCGGGGCAGGUCAGAGUGUGGGAGACAGACACAGCAUGAAUUGAAUUCAGACCACCAUUGUCUUAUAGCCUGGCUUUUUAAAACCUAAUGUCAUCUGAGCCUCUUUUUCCCUUAUCCAUGACUGUAGUCACGCAUCACUUCGUGACACACCAACUGGCUUAAUUUCGAGUGGUAACACAUUUGGGUUCUGUGUCUCAUGACUUCUAAGCUGUGUGUUUGUCACUUCCACAACACUGAAGCGGGCUGCCAUCAUCCACAGCCUGCCGGAGUUUACUGUGUGUGUGUGCUACCUACGGUCGUGUUGUUCUAUGAUUAACGGUGUCUUGGAGUCGAUAACUCUCUGAACCCUGCCUGCCCUAGGGCACUUCCAGGGCCAGCAAUCUGUGGGCUCUGGGGCGCCACGUCCUCUCGCAAGGGGCUGGUUGCGGAGCCCCCUCCCAGGACAGUCUGAGCUGGCCGCCCACCUCCACAUCCUCUGCUGAGGCCCUGGGCUCCAGGUUCCAGAAGGAAGGGACCACACCUUAUGACCUGCCUGGGACUGGGGCUGACUCUCAGACCCUCUCCCCGAGAGACUUCAGCCGCCUUCCCCCUCUGAAGUGGGGGCUCUAGCCAAGAAAGUGAAUUUUUGAGUAGAAGACGGUUUGUGAAGUUAUGGUCCAUGAAGACUUGUCUCCAUGGCUUUGCGACGUUGCUCAGUUGGCUAAGCCUUUCCCAGGCAGGACAGAUACGGCUCAGACGCUUAGGUUCAAAUCCAGGCCCUGCCAUUUCCCAGCUGAGCCUGUCAAGUGCGGCCUCCCCCGCCUUCGGCCGGGCUCACCAUCAGAUGAGACCUCCGCCACGCCCCGGUUGGCACCACCCUGGCACUCCUGAGGGACGCAGGGGUGUCUGCCCGCAGGUCCGUUCCAUCCGAGGCCCUGGGAUCACAGACAUGGAGGCCGGGGCGGGCCGGGCAUCCCAGGAAUGGCGCCCGCAAGUCCUGGGAGGCCGUCCUGCCGGCCCAGCGCUCCAGCGCGUUUCCCGCGUUCCACGCGGUCCCCGUUCCGCCGGCACUGGCGGCGUCCAGCCUGGGUUUGCCCGCGCUCGGCGACGUGGCGGCCUGGCCAAGCUCGGCGCCGCUCACCAGCGCUGACCUGGGGGUGGUUUGACCUCCCAGUGCCUCAGUUUCUUCAUAGGUAAAAGGGGUCUUCUUGAGGACGGGUUUGGAUGGCCCGGGGCAGCCCCGUAGGACCGAUGGCCAAAGGAGCCCGGCCUGGGGCUGACAGGAAACCGCGGCUGCAGGGAGGCGGGUGGCGCCCCCAAUCGUCUAGGGUGCUGGCCCGAUUCGCGCGGCCUCCGCGGACGGGACCCCGAGGGCCGCCUUCUCCGCUCUGUCCGCGGCUCCUGAGAGGGAACGUCACCCACAGGGUCCUCCCUUCUCCGCCCCAGGUCCCUGCGGCCAUGGGCGGCGGCCCCGGCCUCACUUCCCGGCGCCCCAGGAACGCGGUCCCCAGGAAAGGAGUCGGGGCCCGGGCGACGCGGGGAGGCGGGCAGGGGUCCCCAGGGCCCAGACUCCCCGUAAACGCUCCUGGCCCGCGCCCCACAGCGCCCUAGAGCGUCCGCACCCGCCGGGGUCGCGCGGGACCCGCCCCGUGACGCAUCUCCAACCGCCCGGAGCCGCGGCCCAGCCUGCGCGCGCCCGACGCCCCGGGGAGCGCGCCUCGUGCACGCGCGCAGCCACGUGACCCCGUGCCGGCCAACGGGAGCGCCGGGAUUUGGGGGAUAAAGCGCGGCCCCGCGCACAGUUGCGGCGGGAGAACGGCGGGGCCGAGAGCGUGACUCGCCCGCUCCGCGUUGCCUGCCCGCGCCGCUCGCGCAGCCAUGUCCGAAGAGAAGCCCAAGGAGGGCGUGAAGACAGAGAAUGACCACAUCAACCUGAAGGUGGCCGGGCAGGACGGCUCCGUGGUGCAGUUCAAGAUCAAGAGGCACACACCGCUGAGCAAGCUGAUGAAGGCCUACUGCGAGAGGCAGGGCUUGUCAAUGAGACAGAUUAGAUUCAGGUUCGACGGGCAGCCAAUUAAUGAAACUGACACUCCAGCACAGCUGGAGAUGGAGGACGAGGACACCAUCGACGUGUUCCAGCAGCAGACAGGAGGUGCGCCGGAGAGCAGCCUGGCAGGGCACAGUUUCUAGGGGGCCUGUCCCCAUCCCAGGCCGUCCGUCCUCGCUUUGCUGUUGAAUGGUGAGCACGUGACCAUGCCGACCACAAAGGCGUCUGCGGAAACUCGAGGACAUUCACCACAAUGAUUUUCCUCUCUUUGAUGUACUUCAAGUGCAACUCAAAACUAUAUCUGCAGGGAUGAAUCUGUAACUUAAAUUGGGCCAAUCAGAAUUGUUAUCUUUGUUCAGGUAAAAUGAGUUGCAAGAUAUUUUGGGUUUUUUUGUGUGCUCAUUUGUGUUUUUCCCCCCCUCCUAAAACAUUUUUUUAACCCCAAAAUUAUAGCCUGAAUGUUCGCUUUUAGUCUGGCCAGGGAUCUGACUCCUGAGUUGGUUGCCUCUCCCCUGCUCACUCCAGUCACAUAGAGAAUUGGUGUUUCCUGCAGUGGGGAUGCAGCUGUUGGACAGGUAUUGGGGGCAAGGUUGGUAGGGAGGGCAGACUGUCACUUGCUGUUACAGGCACAGGUGAUUAAAAUGCUAAAUAUUGCAAAUUUAAGCUUUGUCAGUAUAUGGAAAAGUUGAAGGGAAAAUACUGGAAUGCUUCUUCGAAGGUUAAAAAAUAACCGAGUCUUUUGGUAAUUUGACCCCACAUGCUCUCUGGCCCUCAAGCAUGUAACCUCGGGGUCUGAGGCCCAGGACCCACCCCCCUGCCACCCCUCCCACCCCACUCCCUGCUCAGUACCUGGCGUUGGUACACAGGCAAGGAUUGGCACAACCAAAAUUGGCCUUUUUCUCCCUCUUAAUAUUGAAGAAAUUCCCACAUUUCUCAUUUGGUAAUGGUGUUGUGGCCUCAGAUUUCUUCUAGUAUUUGCUUCUGAUGAAUAAUUAUGGUCUAUACAUAAAAAACUAAGAUUAAGUAUUGCUGAAUUUGCAGUUAACGUUGUCGUAUAUACGAGCUACUUCCAAGUGUGGUUACAAAUGAACCCAUGGAAUGAUGACUUCAUGUUCUUCUCGUGGGUUUGUGCCGUGCUGCUUUCCAAAUAUGUAUUGAAUUUAUGCAUUAGUCUGGUGAUUUCAGUUCUGUGAAAUAUUUUGGGAUCUAUACCAAUUAAACAUUUUCAUAGUUCUGCCUAUUGUCCUUCCCUGAGGCUCCAUUGCUGCUUGGUGGCCAUUCUCUGCCUUUUUAUAGUCACCUGAACAACGACCCAUCAUCUCUUGCUUGCUUGAAAUCUUGCUGAAAUGUUCUCAUUUCCUGUUUGCUGUAUGGGCUCGGGUGGGAUGUUUGUUGGCUCUGUUGUGUUUAUUCACCAAUUUGUACAUUAUUUGUUGUCCUUUACUACUGUAAACAGUAAAUAUAGUUUGGUAUUCUGUC